AUGCUAGAUUAAUUAUCAGAAAUAACACUCAGUGAAUCUUCUACAUUUGAAACUCAAAGAUUACCUCCAAGAUUAUAAACCACUGACAAAAAGGGAAGUGGAAGAUUUACUUUUCUCAAAUCUGAGUCUGAAGACAAAUAAACUUAAGCUCAAAAUAAUCGAGACAGAAUCAAAUAGCAAUUAAGAGGAAGGAUUCAGGUAAUAAUAAAGAAACCUUUAAAUGAUGAAAAGGAUUUGCAGGAAGAACUACAGGAGUUAGGGUGUAAACUGGAUGUAGAAAUCAAUGAAUUUGAUUCUGAAUACAUAUGUCCAAACUUAAAAAAGUUUGAGGAGGAAUAUGAAAUGAUGGAAAUAUUGGGAGAAGGCUGUCUAGGAUUGGUUAAAAGGAUUGUACACAAAUAAUCAUAAAUUGAGUAUGCAGUGAAGAUAGUUUAAACAUAAGAUGAUGAAAUUAUAAGAAAUAUGAUUCUUGAGUUUAAGUCAAUGUUUAAGUUGUAACAUGAAAAUAUUGUGAAAGUUCAUAAAUUAUAUGUUGAUUUCAAUAAUGGGUUUUAAUCUGAAAGCAAAGCUUAUGUGGUUAUGGAAUUGAUUAAGGGAAAGGAGAUGUUUGAGGUGAUAAAUGAAUUAGGACAUUACAGCGAAACAGAUGCUAAGGAAUUAUUUAAGUAAUUACUGAGUGCAAUUGAAUACAUGCAUCGAAAUGGUAUAUGUCACAGAGACUUGAAACCCAAUAAUAUUUUGUGUGUUGAAAACAAAAAUUAGAUCAAGGUUACUGACUUUAAUGUAAGUAAAUUUAGUGAUGCUUAUAAAGAAUUUGGAGAUCUUAAGGAUAGAGAGAAGAUUGAAAUGUGGACAUAUACAGGAACAGUAGCAUUUUCGGCUCCUGAAAUAUUUUCUGGAGAAGGUUAUAACCAAAUGGUUGACAUGUGGAGUGCAGGCUGUAUUUUAUAUUCGAUGUUGUCUGGAUAAUUGCCUUUCCUCUCUGAUUACUUGAAUGAUUUGAUCGAGAAAAUUAAGGAGGCAGCAAUUGAGUUUCCAAAAGAUUUGUUUGAGUAAGUUUCUGAAGAAGCCAAAGAUCUAAUUGUAUAAUUAUUGCAGAAAGAUUGGGCAUUUAGACCUCAUCCUGAUGCAGCUCUAAAACAUUAAUGGUUUUAAAUUCUAGAUGAUGAUUAAGUCAGAAAGAAAUCACUAAGAAAACUAGCAAUCAGAAAAAACAUGCCUCGACUAUCCUCCAAAUAUUCUAAAAAUAGUCAUAAGUAACGUAAUAUACUUUUGAAAUCCUCGUAAACUAUCACAAUCAAAAAUAAUCGCUCAGUUGAUUCAAAAUGCGAUGUUUAACAAACUGAUUUAGCUAAUAGCUUUCUGAAAAUUCCAACAAAAAAAAGCAUUUUCUUUUCGACCAAUUUAGGAGAAAGUUAAGGAAUUAACCAAAACUCUCCUCAAGAUUAAGAGUAGUCUCCAUCUUUUAUUGACUAAGCAAACUCAUCAAAAUUAAGCGAAGACAUAGGCGAAUUUGAUUAAUGUGUUCCUGAUCGAUUUAUUAAUUUCAACAAACCAUAUAAUGUUGAUGACGAAGUCUAAGAAUGA